UUCAUCUGUCAAGUGUUAAAUUGUACAAAGUACAACAGACAAGAUAAUAAUAACAUUUGUACGAUUUUGUGCUGCAUUGAAUGUUAUUUAGUUUUUAAUGUCAUCGCAAAAUGAUGAUUCAACGCGGUCUGCCGCUGCAAACAAUGUGGAGCCUAAUGAAACAGAUGGGUUGUCUUCAGAGCGCCCAGAACAAGGUCAAUCUGAGAGUAGUAUAUCAAACUUGAUGAAACAUUUUGCUAACAAAUUAGGUUUAAAUGAAAAAGAUGAAAGUGAUGAAGAUGAACCACAGGUUUUAUCAGAAGUUACAAUUGAGGGUGUGGUUGAAUAUAUUAAAAGUGGAAAAUGUAAAAAUAUAAUAACAAUGGUUGGAGCAGGAAUUUCUACGUCAGCCGGUAUACCAGAUUUUCGAUCACCAAACUCUGGCCUUUAUGAUAAUUUACAAAAGUAUAACCUGCCUGAUCCACAAGCUAUUUUUGAUAUUGAUUACUUUAGUGAAAAUCCCAAGCCAUUUUUUUCCUUAGCAAAAGAGUUAUACCCUGGUAAUUUUCGGCCUACAAUUUGCCAUUAUUUUAUUAAACUAUUGAAUGAAAAGAAAUUGUUAUUAAGACAUUAUACUCAGAAUAUAGAUACUUUGGAGAGAGUAUCUGGAUUAGAUGAAGAUAAAAUGGUAGAGGCUCAUGGUUCAUUCUACAAAUCACAUUGUAUCGGUUGUAGGAAAGAAUAUACCCUUGGUUGGAUGAAAAAGAAAAUAUUUUCUGAUGAGAUUCCAACUUGUACAUGCGGAGAAGUGGUCAAGCCUGAUAUAACGUUCUUUGGUGAAAAUUUGCCAGAAAGGUUUCAUAGGCUAAUAGAUGAAGACUUCAGCAAAUGUGACUUGUUAAUAAUCAUGGGAUCGUCUUUGGUUGUUCAACCUUUUGCUUCCUUGAUUGAUAUGGUAUCUGACACUUGUCCUAGACUUCUGAUUAAUUUAAAUAAAUGUGGUGAAGGGGAUAGAAUGUUACGAUUGUUAGGUAUAUAUAGAGGAUUAAACUUCAAUAAAGAAAAAGGGGGACGAGAUGUUUUUUGGCAAGGUACUUGCGAUGAUGGUGCUGAAUUAUUGGCUUCAAAAUUAGGAUGGGAGGAUGACCUGAGGGCUUUAGCAGAGGAACAGUUGAGGAAAAUUAUUGAGGCAGAAGAACAAGAAGGCAAUAAUCAAACAGACUAAUUUGCAAUCUUUUUUUUCGAUUAAAUAUUUA